AUGGAGUUUAGCCUUGAAAACAAGGACAAGUCUGAGAGAAUAAGGUGGGGAUAUUCAGAGGAAGCAACACAAGUUAGAUCCUAUACGUGUGGAUUCUGUCAGAAAGGAUUUUCAAAUGCACAAGCUCUUGGUGGUCACAUGAACAUUCAUAGAAGAGACAGAGCGAGGCUGAGGCAACAAUAUUGUCAAGAGAAUAUUUGGCUGUCUCUUGACACUACGAACGGCGGUAAUGAUCUUUGUCACGAUCAGCACCAGAACUCUGAUUAUAAUAUUCACAAAAUGCCAUCAAUUUUCCCAGAGGCAAAGGUAAACAUUGGUAUUUCUUCAGAAAUUUGUCAGCUUCCUAUUUUGUUCGGCUUUGAAGAGAAGAAGAUGGAGUUAGACCUUGAGCUUCGUUUAGGUCGUGAGCCCGUAAAGCAGACCACUCCCACUCUGAGACGAUUCUUUUAA